CGCUGAAGUUUCCCUGGAGCACUCUGGGGAGAGACACUUGUGGAUCGUGUGUUGUGUAUUCAGAAAUCACUCCGUGGGACUCUACGGAAUCACCCUCUGCUUCUGCGUUACUGCGGCGGCACAGGCUCACAGUCUUAAGGGGGAUCGGUGCAAUUUUCAUUCAGCUUUCAUCUCACGGCAAAGCCGCCAUGGAUUUGAUCUGGUUGCUGUACAUCGCGGCGAGCACCGGCGCCUGGCUCACGGCGGCCGAGCGGCACAGCGUCUUCUGGAACAGCAGCAACCCCAGGUUCCUGUGGAGCGAGUACACCGUGCAGGUGCGCAUCAACGACUACCUGGACAUCAUCUGUCCACACUACAUGCGUGGCGAGCUGCCCUCACAGGAGGCCGAGCGCUACGUGCUCUACAUGGUGGAGGCGGAGGACUACGCUAACUGCAAGCCGCACCCCCCUGAGCAGCUGCGCUGGGAGUGCACCCGGCCCUUCGCGCCACACGCCCCGGAGAAGUUCUCCGAGAAAUUCCAGCGCUUCACCCCCUUUACCCUGGGGAAGGAGUUCCGGCAGGGCGAGAGUUACUACUACAUCUCAAAGCCCCUGCAUCACCACGGCAAGGAGUGUCUGAGGCUGCGGGUGGAUGUCGUCGGGCCCAAUGGGUCUCUGGAGCCCAAAGUGAACGGUGGAGCCGGUGGGCGAGUCAGUGGAGGAGGUGGAGUCCACAACCCAUCCAAUCGGCUUCCUGCAGAUGACCCGGCGGUGAUUGAACCUGAGGUUCAGAAGAGUGUGGGAACAAACUCUGGAUUGAAGCCGGCCUCAGUCUGGCUCUUCACGCUGAUCCCCUUCUUACUGUCGCUGUCUCUGCACUGAGACUGUUUCUACGGAAACGACGGACUGUGGCGAGAGUGGUCUGGGGGGACCACAGCGGGGUCUUACAGCCUGGUGCCGGUCACCGGGAGAGGGGGUAACACUCCUAUUAAUUGGCACAGAAUCGCCAUGACGAUGACCAAGGGGUUUAAGGAGUUGUAGCUGUUUACUGGAAUGUGUGUGUACCUUUGUGAAGGAUUUCUGUUUUGUCAAGACUGCUACGCUCCUCCUCUUCCACCUUUUUAUCCUCAUAAUGACAAGAAUGAUGGAGGAUACUGGAAUUCAAGGUGAAAGAAAGAUUCAAAAAGUGAAUGCUGACUCACCGCCCCCACCCCCCCCCCCUCGAUGUAACUAUGAAUUUAAGCAGAAAUUCUACAGUUUUGCCUAAUCUUGUCUAACAGUGAGCCAAAGAAUACAGCGAUCAUCUCAGAAUUCACAUAUAUAUAGAUAUGUAGAUAUGUACAUAUAUCAAGUAUUUCAUUUGUAAUAAAAAAUAAAAUGAAACAUUUAAUAUUGAUAUACCGCACACAGUGAGACACACUAAAGAAAAAUGCUGGUCAUUUUAUGUAGCAUUCAGACGGGCUGUAAGCAUUUUCCUCACUGUCCUGGUAUUGACUGGAAGAUUGUAUCAUAAAUGUGUACUGAUCAGGUGAUGCUGCACCGGACCAGAAGUAUACACUGUAUCAGUGCAGACUCAGAACAAUAUGAAACACAUACACACACACCAUAGCAUCGCAGGAUUAUACCACACACGUGUCUGUAAGCCAAACCACUAGUCCUGUUCCAGCUAAAGUGACUGUCAGUUCUCUUAUGCUUUGUACAAUAUGUUUUAUUGUACUGCUUCCACUAUGCAGUACCAACACAAUGUUUCACAAAACGGUACACUGGUCAUCAAGAACCCAUAAUGUUCAGCACCCCGUAUGUACACUGAAUGAAGAACAAGCUUUGGAUAUUUUUGAGAGACUGGAGUAACGUUGAUUUGAAUCAUGUUUUGCAGUUUUGUAUAUUUGUAUCAUGAAGUGUAAAAUAUGUGUAUAUAGAGAAGUAUAUGAAAACAUUUGUUAAAUGCUAAAACGUGAAUUUCCUAAAUAAAGAUGUAUAUGAAAACUA